CAACUUCAAAUUUUCAGCCUAUCCAUUACCUCACUCGCUCCCUCCCUCUUACGUGAAAACGAUGGUGAAGUACUUCUCGUCGCUCUUCCUCGCCGUCGUCCUCUUCCUCGCCGCGGCAUCACCCGCCUCUGCCUCGCGGCCGUCGGUAUACCGCCUGACGGACUACGGAGCUAGGGCGGACCCAAGAACAGACUCGACGACAGCGUUUUCGGAAGCAUGGAACAAGGCAUGCAGCGACCCAAACCCUUCCACUGUCUACGUACCCCAUGGGAAGUUUCACCUCCGAGACAUAGAGUUUGAAGGGCCGUGCAAGAGCAACGACAUCACGGUGCAUAUAGACGGAACCCUAGUAGCUCCGUCCGACUACUCCGUCAUCGGGAAUGCCGGGAACUGGAUUCGGUUCAACGAGGUCGACGGCGUCAGGAUCUCUGGCGGGAUACUUGACGGACAAGGUACCGGACUCUGGUCAUGCAAGCUUCACGGAAGGAAGGACUGCCCCGUCGGCGCUAGGAAUUUGCACAUCACCAACUCAAACAACGUGGCGGUCGACGGGCUGACCUCCGUCAACAGCCAGAAGUUCCACAUCGCCGUCACCGGCAGCCAGAAUGUGAAGCUCCAGCACAUCACCGUCCACGCCCCGGGGAACAGCCCCAACACCGACGGCAUCCACGUCGCCAAAUCCAGCUUCGUCACGGUCCUCAACUCCACCAUCUCCACGGGCGACGACUGCGUAUCCAUGGGCCCGGGGGCCCGCAACGUGUGGAUCGAGUGGGUGGGGUGUGGGCCGGGCCACGGCAUUAGCAUAGGGAGCCUGGGCUGGAGGUUCCAGGAGCCCGGUGUGGAGAAUGUUACGGUUAAGAGGGUCCACUUCAAGGAGACAACCAACGGGCUCCGCAUCAAGACUUGGGCCCGGCCCAGCUUGGGUUUUGUGAGGAACGUUCUUUUUCACCACGUCGUCAUGGACGGCGUUAAGAACCCCAUCGUCGUCGACCAGAACUACUGCCCCGGAAACAAGAACUGCCCCAGCAAGGCCUCUGGGAUCAAGGUGAAGGACAUCAGGUACAAGAGCGUAGCCGGCACGUCGCGGAGCAAGGUCGCGGUGAGGUUCGACUGCAGCAGGACAAACCCUUGCACGGAGAUUAAGAUGCACGACGUGAAGCUUACCUACGUCGGCGGCGGUGGCCGUGGUAAUAAGAAGGCGGCCACCUUGUGUAGACAUGCCAAGGGUACUACCUCGGGUUUUGUUACGCCGAUGGUCAGGUGGUUUUCGUAGGAUCAUAGUCAUCAGUAUGUACGUAGAAUUAUGUUCGUAGCUACGAGUUUUUGGGUUGUAGUUUAAGCAUAUUGAAUUAUUUGAUUAUAUUACCUAUAAUUGGUUGUAAAAGAUUCUUUCUUAGAGAGCGAACAGUUGAGUAAAUUUUCAGUGUUACCAACACAUUUAUAAUUCAGCUAACAAGGGGUAGUGAUAUAUGGUUGAUGUCUUGGUGGCAUCAAGGGCGGAGCCAGGAUUUGAGACUCGGGGAGGCCGAGUUUUUCUUACUAUGUUAUCGCAAAAAAUCUAAAAAAGUUUAAAAAUUAUAUUAUACUAAUCGUAUAAAAAUUUGUGAGAUAUUAAAAAUUCUUAUUUUAUUUGUAUGACAUUAUAAUUUUUAAAUUUUAUAAUUCUGUAAUUGCACAGGAUCUUGUUUGACAUGAUUAAGAUAACUCAACAUAGAAGUUAUACUAACAAUGUUUUCACAUUCAGUUCAAUACAAAUUACAAAGCUAUAAAAAGUAACAAUGAAUGUUAAUAUUGUAUAGAAAAUUAUAUUUUCAUAACUAAAAAAUUGAUGUCUCUCAAAAUUAGUAUUGAAAAAAUUAUCUUUUAUUAGAAAACAAUCCUUCAAAUUGAAGAAUUUUAUUCUAAUUGGAAUUUAAGGACUUAACAAACUAAAAAUGAAAGUAAAUUAUUUAAUUUACUUGUUUUGUCAAAUGAAAAGGGAAACUCUAGUUAGUUUUAAAAAAUUAAAAGAAUUCAAAAGACAGAACAGUUAAGAAAUAUGUUAAAUAAAAACUUUUAUAUGAAAUAUAGUUCAAAACAGUUAUGAAACUAUAAAAAUGCUUCCGCUCCCAAAAAAUGUCGUGGCUACUAGCUACCAGAAGGUAUCGAACACACAAUCUCUAGCUUGUUUAACAACUUUAAAACCGCUAGACUAAGUAAGCUGGUUUGUUAUUUUCGUGCACUCUCAACUUAUUUAUAUAGGUUUUAAUAUUUAUACGUAAAAUACCCAACCGUUUAUGCGUGAACUCCAAAAUUCUCAGGGGGGCCGGGGCCUCCCCGAGGACUAAGCUAGUUCCGCCCCUGGGUGGCAUGGUGAGUGACCUGACCAUGCUAGACUGACUGUGCCGAUUACCUUGUAACUAGCUACAUGGUACGUAGAGACUAGAGAGGGGGCAACCUUUUGGCUUGAUCAUUUUGUUACCAUUGUAGAAUCCGUGGUCUAUUGGGAUGUUAGUUUAACCCUAAUCUGUGACUGUGAAUGUCCAAUAUGAUCUAAUUCGGUCAAAUCGUAAAAUUCAAUCUCAACGAGGUUUGAAUCGGGUGUGGAUUUUACUCUUUUUUUUUUUUUUUGAAAUUUACGGGUAGGAGUUCGGUGCGAGUCUUGCCCAUACUCGGGUUGCCUUCCACCCUGCAUGCACCUAUAGUUUUGUAUCUUAUCCUUAUUUAUAUUAUAAUUUAUAGAAGUUAUAUAUUAGUCUUUAAGUAAUAUAAUCCUACUAAUAUGAAUAUUUUAUUAAUGUUAUUAAUACUUUUAUAUAUAUUUUUAUAAAGAUAUUCAUGAAAAAAAAUUGAUAAUAUAAAAAAGUGGGUGUUGUGAAGAAUUUAUUUACGGUGAUGUCCAUAACCUCAUGCACACCUAUACACCUGUGAAUAAUGGAAUUUCUUUUUAAAACUCAAUGGUUAUUUUAUUUAUUUAUUUAAGGAUGAAGAGUUUGGAAAAAUUCGACUUAACCAAACUCAUUGCAAUGCCUAAUAGAAACAAGCAAAUCCCCUAGGUAUCCAACUCAAAUGGUCUCCUUCAUCAUGGUUAGUUAGAUUGACAUAAAUAGACUGUUAUGGGAUCAUCAACAUCAACAUAUAGUCAUAUACACAGGAGUGUAUAUUGGGUUUUUGCCACCUCAGCCACUAUAGAGCCGCCACUAAAUUGUGGAGGGGCAUUUGUGAGGAAUCACCAAAAAUAUCACUAAAAAUACCAACUUUAAGCAAAUUGUAUAAUGUAACUUUAAUGGUUGCAUUAAUAUUCCAACCUAUUAGGGUUAACGCCAUUUGUGUUCUGAAUUUUUCGUUGACCAUUAAACUUAACAGUUUGACUUACCGGAAGUCAAAAUAUAUUUGACUCUUAAUGACAUGUUACCAAUUAUCGUCCACAUAAGCGCCGCAUCUUCUAUACGUGUUAUUUAUUUUAUUUUUAUUGUAUUAGGGCUCUACAUACCCAUCCCAUCCUGCCAUAAAUACAGUUACCAGAUAUAAUAUUAAUUAGCUGUAAACACAUCGCCAUCAAUAAUAUUGACUACUAGAGGUGGUAAAUGGAUUGGAUUGGUGGAUUGAUGGAUUGGAUUGGUGGAUCCAUGGAUUAAAUGGAUUGGAUCUAAUGGAUUGGUGGAUUCAUGGAUUGGAUCAAGUGGAUUGGUGGAUUAUCCAUGAAUCCAAAUGAUAUCCUCAACCAAGGACCAAUAUGUAAAAACUUUAGGUACUAAAAUUUCAUAAUGAAAAAUUUUAGGUACCAAAACUUAAUUUUACAAUGAUAUUUUUCGUAUAAAAAAUUAAAUUUUAGGUACCAAAAUGUAAAAAAUAAAAAUUAUAGGUACUAAACCGUAAUUUGCCAAUGAUCCAUGGAUCCAAUCCAUGAAUCCAUCAAUCCAAUUGGAUUUGGAUAAAAUGGAUUGGAUUUAAAUGGAUUGGAUUAGGUGAAUAUUUUUAACUGAUUGAUGGAUCGAAUUGGUGAAUUGGAUUGAAAUUGCCACCUCUAUUGACUACUCAACUACCGCACCAUCUUAACUAUACUUGGGGUGUUGACCACUUGUGACUUGUUGACCACGAUAGGGCAAAGUGUAUAUACUAUACUACAAGUAGAAACAAACUCUAGUAUACCCACCUAAUCAAUCAAUAGGCCUGCCAAUGCUGAGUUGGCUAGUGGCUCACAGGCCUACUAUUUCUUAGCUCCGAUCCUCGGAAAGCCCUUGUAUGGGCAGUAUUGUUAGUUGCUAAUUUUGCAGGCCAGUUUGUUCAUUUUGCAGGGCUUGACUCAAUGGUCAAGUGUAGAUCAAUAUUACUUGCCUUCACUUCUAUUUGUGGCUCCGGUUUUUCCCUUUGCGCAAAUUUGGUUGUUGUGCAGCGUAUAAUGUGUUUCUUCAUUUUGCAGGUGAAGCAAGACGUAGGAGUUCAGAUUCUAGUCAUUACAUUUGUAGGAUUUGCUGUAUUGCGAUCACUUGACAGCUACAGGAGUUUGGUCCAUCACUUCUGCCUUAAAAAGGGUUGAAGUACAGACAUGGAUUCUAGUCAAUGCCUAAGUAUAUUAGGGUUGUCCAUAUCGUGACAAAAAAGCCCUUUUUCGUUGGAUCGUCCCACGUUUCUUCCUUAUUUAUCUUUUAUGAUUUGACCUGCAAAGGUCUUGUACUUAUAUUUCGUAUCUUGCUCUCUCCCAUCUUGUCUUGUGGGAUACUUUUGAAAAUAAAAACUCUAGUAUACCCACUUCAAGUUGUCUCCUUUGGUUAACCAUAGUCAGAUUGGCUAUUUAAGGUUGACUCUAUGUACCCAUUGUUGAGAUUGAUAAUCAGGGUAUUUUCUCUUUACGUUUACCUUGGUGUUACGGGAUCGAUAAUGAGGAUGCAACCUUGUAUAAAAAAUAUGAAUAAGUGUGAUUGACUUGAAUUGGCAUAAUUGGGGAGAAGGGCCUAUUCACAAUUACAUUAACAGCGGUUGUUGUUAAAACCUUUCCGACUGUUCUACUUUAUUAAUUUGUAAAAAAUUUACAUGUAAUUUUACCCAUAUUUCAAAAAUAUGAAAACUACAACCCCUUCUAACUUUAACCUAACUUCACCAUUGAUCAUCUGCCAGGUUUUUAUAAUGGUAGAAUGUGAGGUUGAAAUCAACCACCAUGCAAAAGUACUAUACUUGCGGUGUUUAUCAGUGUAAACUACAAAGUAGCUAUAAAAACAAGUCCAACAAACCCAACUAGUUAGAUUGGGUAUCUAAGACUAGCUAGGUACCAUCUUGCCAAAAAUGGCCAACAUUAUGGCAUAUUGUAUUAGCUGUAAACACAAAUUGCGAUCAAUAAUGAAGUAUCCAGCUAGUUGGGGCUUAGUAGUUCAAUAUUCGUACAAGGACUAGUAAAAUAUCUAUCUAUCUAUCUAUCUAUCUAUAUGGGGGAAGUUUGGGCAAAAGGGAAUGGUUGCUUUCAUGUACACGUCGCAAACAAAAUGCUUUCUUUCCAUAUUUGCUUGAGAAUUCCAGAUGGAAUCUAUAAAAUAUAUGCAUGUUCAUCUUCAUCGGGACUUAUCAUCAUGACAUGAGGCAUCUUUCUCAUCUAUGUUCCUAACACCAAAUCUACUCGUUUACGAAAACAUGUGGUUGAGCCAAAAUUCGAAACUCUCAUCAGCGUCAGUGGUGGAGCCAAAAAUUCGAAUGAGGGAGGGCUAAAAAUUUACACACAGAGAAUUCGAACUGGCGAGGGAGCUAACGCCUUAUCAACUACUAUAUUUUGUCAAUUUAUUACAAAAUUUACCUGUAAUUUUACAUGAUUUUGAGAGUUGAGGGGGCUAUAGCCCCCCCGCCACUAAGGUAGCUUUGCCACUGAUCGUCGUCGUUCAAUGAACUCUGUAUAUUCUA